UUAUCCUGCGAGCAAAGAAUGUAAGAGCUUUCAUCGAUCUCGGAUUGAUCUUACUUACCUUCGUUUUGAAUGGGAUCAACGACCUCAACCUCGAAAUGCUGUCCUUGUGCCUCCUUCUUCUGUUUCGCUCGGCGUCUAUGUGUACAGUUCGGGCCAGGGAUGUCCAGCGAUGCCUCGGAAGGAGAUUGUGAGAAAAUGGAUGACGUCGAGGUUGAGGGAUGUUCCGUGGAUACUGGCAAUGCAACAGGAGCAGCAUACAGGAAUGUUCUUAUAGUCUGGAGCAAGGAGUCGGUCUCAAGAAUCUACAAGGACGCCAUCCAGCAGCGGGAUGCACAGGAGGCUCUGGAUGAUUGUGGCCUAAAAUGCAGUCAAGGACUUACUUGCAGGAAAUCUCUUUGCUCGAGCACUGAGGUGUUCGUGACAUUCACGCCUGUGACCCAUACGUGCUCGCGUCUGAUCGCUGCUAUACCGGCAUGCCUGAAAGGACUUGUAAGCUGUGUAGAACAGCGCUUGCUGGAAACUGGAGCCUGCUGGCCAUAAGCCUUGUUGCCACACGAGAUCACUGCAGUCGACGAAAAGCGAGGUAUUUGGUUCGUGAAUUACUUGAUAGUAUCAGAAGUGCAAGGCCUCAUUUCAUAAUAUACACAAAGAAGAUCAUCAACGUGCACUCCAGAAACGAGAUAAAGAGAUUGGAAAUCUCAGCUCUCCCUUCUGGAGAGAAAGGGAUAGAGAGAGGGAGGAAGAAAAGCUCAAACGAGAUACGAUUCUCCAAAACUCACCGUUGUGGCAGCGACCAGACGACGAUGUAAGACCAGCCAAUGUAAUUCACGAGCGCUGCCAGUCGCUGCUCGGAGACGCUCAGCACGGAGAGAGGGAGGAUCAUCAUCCUGCUCGCUUAUCCAUCGAAAGUCGAGCAAGUGAACACCCACCCUCUCUGGUGGUGUUCAAGUUUGAUUGGAAACAUAACACUUUCCAAAUGGACAGGGCAAAAAUAAAGGUAGAUCUUAGUCAA